UUCUAGGCCGGAAUUGUUAUAUACAUACAGAUUUUUGGCCACAGGACGCUGUGAGGCACCAGAGGCACCGCGUUCCCGCUUGACUUUCCGCCACAGUUUAAACGGGUAGUUGGGAUCAUCCAUAGGCUGUCCAAAAAAUUUGGUUGUCUUACUGACAACAAAUGUUUACAAGGAUCAAAUGUUGCUCAUAAACGAUAACUACAGUUGUUGGUAGUUCCCGAUAGCACCCGGUUAACUUACUAAGCUAUUUUUGGACCCAAACUAGCUAGCGAGGGCUCAUCAACUGUAAUGUCUCUGCCUCCAGAGAAAGCUUCCGAGCUGAAGCAAAUCAUUCACAACCAUCUGCUCAAGAUGGAUAUCCACGGGAAGAUCCGAGAGGUGCUGGCUGAGACUGUGAGGGAUGACCAAGGUCCAGCACAUCGAUCUCUGUCUGAGGCAGAUUUCCUACGUGCUCUGCAGCGCAGGGGCAUCAUAGAUGAUGUGAUGAAGGACCUACAUUUUACCCAGGAAGGAUCCACAGAAACAGGGUCACCUUCAAAACCUGCAACUCACUUUGUUGAUAAGAAUAUUACACAUCUGGAAAAAACCAACAUCGAUCCAUCCAGGCGGUACCUGUAUCUCCAAGUGCUUGGUGGUAAGGCCUUUCUGGAGCACCUUCAGGAGCCAGAGCCUUUACCUGGUCAGGUGUGUUCUACAUUUAUGCUCUACCUACACUUCCGCAACCAGAGGUUUCGCUCAAAGCCAGUGCCCUGUGCCUGCGAACCUGAUCUGAAGGAGGGCUUCCUCUUAGAGAUCCACAGAGAUGGCAUAGGAGAGGGCAGUAAAAUGGCGGAUGCGACCACCAUGCUGUCUAUGUGUGACCCGGUUCACUUGGUACUGAUCAAGACUGACACCUCCAGUGAGACAACGCUGGUCUCGUCCUACUUCCUGGACUGGAGGGCAGUGCUCAGCUCGCCCAGUGGGAAGACCUGCUUUGCUGUGGAGCUGAUGGGAGUUGGAAGUGAAUGUAAAGUCCCAGCUGGUGUUUUGACUGUCAGUCUGGAGCUCUACCCUCCUCUCACAGAGACUCUGGCCGCUGACAUCAUCAGCACACAGCAAUCACUGGAGAGGCAGAGGACGGCAGAGAAGGAGAGAUUCUUCUUGGUUUAUGCCAAACAGUGGUGGAGGGAGUUCCUUGAGAUACGUCCAUCACACCAAUCAAAAAUGGUCAAGAUCUUUGCACAGGAUGAGAACGGCGUCAACAGGCCUGUGUGUUCCUACGUGCGUGUCCUCCGGGCCGGCCGGCUGUUGGAGAGUCCUCGACAGGCGGUGCGCUUCGUCAGCCUGCUCGCCCACGAGAAAGCCCCGGUGGUGGGAGGAGGCGGCGGCAAGCAGGAACAGUGGUGCACAUUAAUGGCUUUCCUGUGUAGAGGGAAGGGGGACUGUGAGGAUCACGCCACCCUGCUGUGCAGCCUCCUGCUGGGCUUUGGCCUGGAUGCGUACGUGUGUGUGGGCACCAAAGCCAAGGGAAUGCCACACACCUGGGUCCUGACCCGUGGCACUGAUGGGAGCAUCACCUUCUGGGAGAGUUUGACAGCUCACAGAUACCUGCAUCAAGCCAUUGACCCAGAUGCCCCACCCCUGGCCCCCCAGCCCAAACCCUCCUCCCCCUACCGCACUGUGGGCUGUGUCUUUAACCACCAGACCUUCCUGGCCAACUGCCAGCCCUCCGAUGCUGUGGAGCUCUGUGUCUUUGACUUCCAGAAUCAGUCUCGGUGGAAGGCGAUGAGCGAAGAGGCUCUGAAGUCUGUUUGCGCCCCAGGCUCCACCACCUCUCUGCCCCCUCUGCCUCCACUCUGUGCCCCGUCUGUGGAUUCUGCUGCUGCCAGCAAUCAGCUGGAGCUGGAGAUGCGCUACCUGGUCUCUGAGCACAGGAAGGACCUGGAGUUAGCGACAGUGUGGGACGACCACCUGUCCUACCUGCUGUCCUCUGCACUGUCAGCCUAUGAGCUGGAGCGUUGCACUGGCGUCUCCUGCGGCAACGAGGAGUUCCAGGAUGCAGUGAGGAGGGCAGUGCCAGACGGACACACCUUCAAAGGCUUCCCCAUCCACUUCCUGCACCGCAACGCUCGCAGAGCCUUUGCAACCUGCCUCAGGUCUCCAUUCUGUGAGGAGAUAGUGUGUUGUCGUGGCGACCACGUGAGGCUUGCGGUCCGUGUUCGCGUGUUUGUCUAUCCUGAGAACGCAUGUGCAGUGUGGCUCAUGUUUGCAUGUAAAUACCGCUCCGUACUCUGACCAGCGGACUUAUGGUACCCAGAAACUACCAGCCAAUAUUUUUAACUCUUCAUUUGUACAGACAUUUACAAUCCGAAUUGUAUUUAUAUAUCUAUUUUUGUAAAUAAAUGGAACUUUGAUCACCUCUCUUUUUAAAAGCCUUAUUAAAGACAUUUUCCAGUA